AUGUCUAUAGAAGACUAUCAACCAGGUCCAUUCGAUGAACAUAGUUUUGAUAAUCACUAUGGAACAAGCAACAACUAUGAAAGGUUCUUCAUGACCUUUCUUAGGCCACAUUUUAGCGACAUAUUUUUUCAGACAGAUGCAGACUACACAUAUGGUUACGCUCCCAUCGACACCGAUGUCGUUGAUAUGGCCGGUGAUCAUUCCAAUGCUAAAAAAACCGAAACUCCGAUAAUUAGACUUUACGGUGUGACCAAGAAGCAAGAAAGCAUUUUGGUUCAUCUCAAGAAUUUCAUGCCAUAUUUUUACAUUGAAAAACCCAAGAAUUUUACUGAAGAGCACAUUACCGAUCUCAUUGCCCUGUUUAGCAAACACUUGUCUGAGCAGCCUCAAUUCAAAAGGUCUCUGCGUUUCGUUUUAAACAUUACUAUAGUGAAAUUAACGUCGUUAAUGCUUUAUAAAGAUAAUGGUGAGACUGAUUUUCUCAAGAUCACAGUGGCAUUGCCACGUAUGGUGUCAACUCUCAGAACAUUUAUUGAAUCCGGGGUAGCAUUACAGGUAUUUGAUCCUAACAAUGUUAAUGCCCGUAUUCCUCUACAUCGGAUUACAUAUGAGGCUAAUUUACCAUAUGUGUUGAGAUUUUUAUUGGAUAGAGAAGUGGUUGGUGGAUCUUGGCUGAAAUUGCCCAAGGGAUCAUAUUCUGUAUGUUCCGGUAUAGAAAAGACUAGUCACUGUAAUAUUGAAGUUAUGGCAGACUAUGAUAAAAUUAUUUCAAUGCCACUAGAGGGGGAAUGGCAAUCUAUCGGACCUAUCAGGAUAUUGUCCUUUGAUAUUGAAUGUGUAAAGUUUUCAGGGCCAGGUUUCCCUAAUGCAAAUAAUGAUCCUGUGAUUCAAAUAUCUUCCGUUUUACAUACUCAUGGAAAUAACGUGGAAAAAACACAGAAUUUUGUUUUCACACUUAAGGAAUGUGAUCCUUUGCAUAAUGCAAAUGUUCUAUGUUUUGAGUCUGAGGAUCAAUUAUUAUUGGCUUGGAGUGAUUUCUUCAGAUAUGUAGACCCAGAUUUUGUAACCGGGUACAACAUUAUAAAUUUCGAUAUUCCGUAUUUGAUUACAAGAGCAUCUGUUCUCAAUUUGGAACGAUUUUCACAGUUGCCUAGAAUAAAAAAACAGAUGACCACUUUCAAGGAUGCUAUUGUUAGCAACAAUAUAAUGGGAACAUAUGAAAAUAAAGACAUUAACAUAGAGGGCAGGAUCUUAUUUGAUGUCUAUGAUUUAGUCCGCCGCGAUCACAAGCUAAAAUCGUACACUUUAAACUAUGUUUCAUUUGAAUUUUUGAAACAACAAAAAGAAGAUGUUCACUAUUCUACAAUUGCAAAACUACAGCUAGGAUCAUCUGCUGAUCGUAGGAGAAUAGCAAGUUAUUGUUUAAAGGAUGGAAUUCUGCCGUUAUUACUGAUAGAAAAGCUCUUGCUGCUAUACAAUUAUGUAGAAAUGGCUAGGGUCACAUCAACUCCAAUAAAAAUGCUUAUUAGCAGGGGUCAGCAGAUUCGUGUUACUAUGCAAAUUUAUCGUCAAUGCAAGAUUAUGCGUUAUGCUGUUCCAGUGCUUAGUACUGGCUCAAGAAAUGCAUCAAAUGAGGCAGGCUACGAAGGAGGUACUGUAUUGGAUCCACAAAGAGGGUACCAUAAGCAACCUAUCGCUGUACUUGAUUUUCAAUCCCUAUAUCCAUCAAUUAUGAUCGCUCAUAACCUUUGUUAUUCUACACUUAUUCCUACGUCUGAAGUUGACAAAUAUCCUCCAGAACAUGUUACUAGAGUUCCAGGCCACGAAGGACUCUGUUUUAUAAAGUCGUCUGUUAGAACUGGUGUUCUGCCGAUUAUUGUUAGCAACUUGAUUGAAGCCAGAAAAAGGGCCAAGAAAUUAAUGGCCAGUUGUACGGAUCCUAUGUUAAAGAGUGUUUACGAUGGACGUCAGCUUGCCCUGAAAAUCACCACCAACUCAGUCUACGGUUAUACUGGAGCGGCGAGUGGAGGAUUUUUGCCAUGUGUUGAAGUUGCCACCGCAAUUACAUCUUUUGGUCGUAGCAUGAUUUUGAAUACAAAACAGUCUAUAGAAAGCCAUUUUACGGCAGAAAACGGCUACAUUGCUAAUGCCAAAGUCGUGUAUGGUGAUACAGAUUCUGUCAUGAUUAAUUUUGGUACUGACAAGAUAGAAAAGGCAAUAGAACUGGGUAUAGAAGCAGCGGCUAAGAUUACGAGUGAAGCCACAAAACCAAUUACUCUAGUUUUCGAAAAGGUAUAUAGACCUCUGCUUCUUUUGAACAAAAAGAGGUAUGCUGGGCUAUUUUAUAGCAAUGCAACAACAUAUGAAAAGAUAGAUUGCAAAGGAAUUGAGACUGUAAGAAGGGAUUUUUGUCCUUUAGUCCAGCAGAUGAUGGAGAGAGUAUUGCACCUACUUCUAGUUGAUUUAGAUUUGGAAGGCGCUAUAAAAUUUGUAAAGAGCAAGAUUAGUGAACUUUUGAGAAACGAAAUUGACAUUAGUCUUUUGGUUGUUACAAAAUCUCUUGGGAAGGUUGAAUAUGAUACCAGACUUCCUCAUGUGGAGCUCGCUAAAAAAUUAAAACAAAGAGACCCUGGAAAGGCUCCUGGAGUUGGAGAUAGAGUGAGUUAUAUCAUAGUAAAGGGGACGAAAGGGCAACCUCAAUUUGACAGAGCUGAAGAACCGCUCUAUGUUGCUGAGAACAACUUACCAAUUGACACUCAGCAUUACUUGGAAUCUAUAAAGAGCACUCUCAUGCGUGUGUUUGAGGUUAUCAUGUCAAACACCGAUUCACUUUUUAGCGGAGAACACACGAGAAUAAUUACCAUGAGUUCUUCAAUCGAUGGUGCACUUUCAAAGUUUGUAAAAAAGGUUGAAAGAUGCUUAGGAUGUAAAAGUGUUAUCAAGGUCCCACCAUUCUGUGAAAACUGCAGUCAAAAGAAACGCAAAGAAGUAAUUUUAAAGAAACUUGAAGCCCUGAGAACAAAAGAAAAUGAUUAUUUUACACUCUGGACCCACUGUCAAAGGUUUGAAUUUGAUAGAAAAUAUAAACGAUAA